AUGGCCUCGUUGAACACCUCUUCCAACGGCCCAUCCAUCAAAUCCUCCUACCUGGGUGUUGUCAAUUCCUCGGCCCCAAGCGGCCCCGCGGCAAGCUCUCCUACCUAUGGACAAUGGGCUCUUUUCUCCGUGUCCGCACCGCUGGUGAACGCCUUUCAGCAUGACAGUGGCGGCAAGGAGAGUGUGUUGAAGGUUCAAAGCACUGGGGAGGGAGAGCUCGUUGACCUGAUCGAUGACUUCUCGGAAGGACGUGUACAAUUCGCCUUUGUCAAAGUCAAGGAUCCAAAUACCACGCUGCCAAAAUAUGUCUUGAUCGGAUGGUGCGGCGAGGGUGUGCCUGAAAGAACCAAAGGCUACUUCACAAGCCACCUUGCAGCAGUUUCCAAGAUUCUUCAUGGAUACCACGUACAAAUUACAGCCCGAUCCGAUCGCGACCUCACUCCGGAAAGCAUUGUCCAGAAAGUCGCAGAUGCAUCUGGCGCAAAAUAUUCAGCAGGAUCUGCUGCCCCUCCACCAAGCUCCGGACCUGCACCACCGGUAGCUUCUAAGCCCGUCUUCACUCCCACACGAACAGGCGGAGCCACCGGCUUCAAUCCAUUAGCGUCAAGAACACGGCCCGGCCAUAACGACAGCAAUGUAGAUGAGGAUGGCUGGGGUGCGGAUGCGCCCCCCGUGGUUCGAACACAGCUUGAAAAGGUUGCACCUGCAUAUCAGCCAACCAAGGUCAACAUGGCGGAGUUGACAAAACAGAAAGAGCCUUCGAGGUUCAAUGGUGGUGGGCGAGAUAACGAUCGUGCGGACUCAGGCGACAUUGUGAAAGGAGGCUAUCAACCAGUUGGAAAGGUUGAUAUUGCAGCUAUACGUGCCCAGGCGCAGAAGACGGAGGACGAUCGGCCGACAGUGGUGAAAGGCGCUUACGAGCCUGUUGGAAAGGUCGACAUUGCUGCUAUUAGAGCUAGAGCACAAAAGCCGCCUGAUGAUGGUGCUCAACAACUCACACCAGCCGCAACAGGCGCCUCGGCCACUAGCAACACAAGCAGCGAGCCGCCGAAAUCACUAGCUGAAAGAUCUGCUGCCUUCACACAAUCCGAACGACUUACAGCCUUGCCAAAGCCUAAGGUUGCCAAUAAAUUUGGCUCCGCUGCAACUUUCACAGGAACCAAGGCACCUACUCCGGCCGUCUACGGAUUCCAAUCCACGCCUGCGGCAACUCCUCCUCCAGUCGGUGCAGCCAGUCGAACCUUUGCUGAUGAAGGUGGUAAGACCCCGGCUCAGAUCUGGGCCGAGAAGAAGGCGCGAGAAAGAGGUACAAGCAGCGCUGGGGCUACUCCACCAUCUGUCACCUCUCCAGUCCAAAGCCAAGCAAGUGGGACCGGGGAAUGGAAGAGUGGAUAUACUGGGAAGACAUGGGCUCCAGUUGCUACUAAUGCCACGGGCCGCUCUGGAACCGAAAGCAUUGGUCAGCAACGCACCGGCGAAGAAGAGCGUGAGCAGGAAGAGACUCAAUCAACUGCUGGUGGAGUUGGCGCGUUGAGAGACCGGUUCAAGGGAGGAGUACCAAUGGGCGCACCAGUCAUUCCUAAAGCAACAACGGGAGAGCAAGCACCUCCACCUCCACCGAUCAACACGUCAAACAGACCGCAAGUGGGUGUCCCAUCUCAAUCCCAUCCAUCUGAAGAAGAGCAUGCCGGCCCCAACAUCCCCCCACCUCCUCAAAUCCCCCGGAGCCCCACACCUGAAUCCCCAGAACGCGAGUCCUCCCCUGUACGAAUUGCCAUGCCUGUUGCACGAAGUAAGCAACCCGAGAUGGAAGCACCCGAGGAUCGCAACCCGCCGCCAGCCCUCCCAACACAAGCCAUUGAACAGAACCUUCCACACGAGGAGGAUCUCGACGAAGAGCCCGCAGGCCACGAUCCAGCUCGUGCUGCCAGUGCAGCCGUAGCCGAAGCUUCAUUCGGAGAGCAGGCCACCGCCCACCAGGGAUCAAGCGCCAGCGGCAAACGCGCAGUGGCCCAAUACGACUACGAGAAAGCAGAAGACAACGAGAUUGAUCUCGUGGAAGGCCAAUACAUCACCAACAUCGAGAUGGUCGACGAAGACUGGUGGAUGGGCACGAACUCCAAGGGCGAGAGCGGUCUGUUCCCCAGCAACUACGUCGAGCUCGUCGAGGGCGACGACGAUGCGGCGCCGGCUCCCGCCAGCCACGAGCCCGAGCCCGAGCCCGCCCCAGCAGCUCCCACGGCAGCCGCAGCCGCAGCCGCGCCUUCAGGCCCCACGGCCAGUGCGCUCUACGACUACGAAGCGGCGGAAGACAACGAGCUGAGCUUCCCCGAAGGCGCCACGAUCACCGGACUCGAAUUCCCUGACGAGGACUGGUGGUUCGGCCAUUACCAAGGUAGCUCGGGAUUGUUCCCUGCUAACUAUGUACAACUUGAUGAGUAA